GACCUCAUCAACCUCCCGCCGGUCCUGCACCACGGUCUCAGCGCCAUCGCCGUGCUAGGAACUCUCUCGCUCAUCACUUCUUCUUGUCUUUUCUGUGCUUUAGCGGUCCAACUCCUCACCAGCCGGAGGAAACUCAACGCUCGGGUCGUGCAGUUUCUGAUUCUGAUUUUCAAUCUCUUUUGCGCGGACAUUCAGCAGUCGAUUGCGUUUGCGCUGAAUGCCGUGUGGGUGUUUGAAGAUGCGGUCCUGGUUGGGACGAGGACUUGUGUCGCGCAGGGGUGGUUCCUUUCGAUUGGAGAUAUGGCUUCGGGGGUCUUCACUUCUGCCAUUGCGAUUCAUUGUUUUAUGGAUAUCAUUCUUGGCUAUCGUAUGAGACAUCGCUGGUUCUCACUCUGCGUUGCGGGCUUGUGGAUGUUUGUGUACGCUCUCGCACUCGGCGGCGUGCUCUCCCAUCUCGACAGGUCGGACAUGUACUACACCCGAGCGGGUGCUUGGUGUUUUAUCAACAAGAAAUACAUCGAGGACCGAAUAUGGCUGCAUUACUUCUGGCUGGUGGCGUUUGAAUUCUGUACGGCGUUGGUGUACACUACCAUUGUUGUGAUUCUCCGCCAGCGAAUACGAAGCGAGAGGUGUUUUCUGAGUCGAGCGGAACGCCGAGCGGCUGAGAUUGCGGUCAGGUCGAUGGUGUGGUAUCCGCUGGUUCAUGGCCUGUGUACGUUGCCAUUGGUGAUCAUUCGAUUGCGAGCUAUGGCGGGCCAGCAGAACUCGUUCGCGGGGUUAUGCGUGGCGGGUGCGCUGAUCACGAGUUGUGGUUGGUUGGACGUACUUCUAUUUCUGAUGACGAGGAGA